AACUUCAAGGCCCUGAAGAGUAUGACGCAUAUUUCAGGCGCCGGGUAGCGGUAGUUUUCGGGUCACCGUUUGGAGGACAGCAACGAUGGCUCUGGCGGUAGUCCGGGUCCUCUUCCCAGCGGGAACAUGUGCCAUCAGAGCGGGGAGCGUGGUUCAGAAGGCGGCUAUCCACAGCAGCGCGGCGAGAAGCCUGCGCUGCUGGUGGGCCUACGCUGGGGAGAGGACGAGCCCGCGGUUAAAGCGGUACAGCAAAAUCAUUUGUGUGGAUGGCAACCUGGCCUCGGGGAAGAAGGCGCUGGCCCAGCAGCUGGCUGACAAACUAGGGAUGCUGUACAUGGCCGAGGCAGACACCUUCUACGUGGACAAGAUGACCGGGGAGAAGCAGCCCCUCCCUCUCAGCUUCAACGGCAUGUGCAGCCUGGAGAAGUUCUACACGGACCCUACUGCCGACGGGAACAGCUACAGGCUGCAGCUGUGGAUGUACGCCAUGCGAGUGCUGCAGUACUCAGACGCUGUGGAACAUUUGCUCACCACAGGCCAAGGAGUGGUCCUGGAGCGGUCUCCUUUCAGUGACGGGGUCUUCCUGGACGCCAUGUUCAAACAGGGCUACAUCAGGAAGGAAUGUGUGGAGCACUACAACGAGAUCAAAAACAUCAGCAUUUGUGAGUUCCUCCCUCCUCACCUCGUCAUCUACGUUGACCAACCAGCGCAGGAGGUGCAGAAGAAGCUCAAACAGAGCGGAAAGUCCUACCUGCAGAAUGUGCCCCUGCAGUAUCUGCAGAGCAUAGAGGAUUCCUACAAAAAGUCUUUCCUUCCCAAGAUCAGAGAAACAUCAGAACUGCUGGCUUAUGAUGGAAGCCAGGCUCAGGAUGUGGAGAGGGUGGCAGAGGACAUAGAGUACCUGAAGUUUGAAAAGGGGCCGUGGCUGGAGCAGGACGACGUCAGCUACCACCAUAUGAGAAUGCUUGUGGAGGACAAACAGCGGGUUUCAAUGCUGAUGAGCAUACCCAAGUUCCUGCCUGAGAUCACCAUCGGAGCCCACGACUUCGAUGACAAAUACUACGCCUACAGAUCACUGCCCGGUAAGAAGUAUGCUCGUGGCUACAAUGAAGACGUUGGGGAUAAAUACAUCUGGCUCAAGUGAAUUUUGCUGUUGGCUGAUCUGCAGUGAACUCAGUCGUUCUGUUGUACAGUCUGAGUGAAAACUAUGUAUUAAAACAAUGCUA